AUGGGGGGCAGCCUGCGGGUGGCGGUGCUGGGCGCCCCGGGCGUGGGCAAAACGGCCAUCAUCCGCCAGUUCCUGUUCGGCGACUACCCUGAGCGCCACCGGCCCACUGAUGGGCCACACCUCUACCGGCCUGCGGUGCUACUCGACGGCGCCGUCUACGACCUGAGCAUCAGUGAUGGAGACGGUGCUGGACCUGGUCCGAGCCCCAACGGCCCCGAGGAGCGGCCAGAGUCUAAAGGCUGGAGUUUGCAGGACACUGAUGCCUUCGUACUCGUCUAUGACAUCUGCAGUCCCGACAGCUUCGACUAUGUGAAGGCGCUGCGGCAGCGCAUAGCUGAGAACAGACCCACAGGUGCACCCGAGGCUCCUAUCCUGGUGGUAGGCAACAAGCGGGAUCGGCAGCGUCUGCGCUUUGGACCUCGGCGCGCACUGGCUGCCUUGGUACGCAGGGACUGGCGCUGUGGCUACCUCGAGUGCUCCGCCAAGUACAACUGGCACGUGCUCCGUCUCUUCCGAGAGCUGUUGCGCUGCGCUUUAGUGCGAGCCCGCCCUGCACACCCAGCCCUGCGACUGCAGGGAGCACUGCACCCUGCACGCUGCACUCUCAUGUGA